AUGGAGCUACGAUGGCUGUUGGUGGUCAAUGAUUGGCUGAUAUCACCGAUGGAUGGAGAAGUUCUGUGGAAGUGGGAAUUCUGGUCCGACUGCUGUGGAGGAAUUGUUGAAACACAUGUUCAUGAUCUCAAUAAAGAUGUUAUUAGGUUUUCUAUAAAUAAGAACCGGAAGUUCAUUGAUAAUUACUUCAUUACAAGUAGGAAUCUAAAAUUUGCUGUUACUAUGGUGUAUGGUGAAAACGAUAGUACUCUUAGGACUUCUUUUUGGAAUGAUCUUAAUGUUUUUGCUUCUAUGUAUGAGGGUCCUUGGGUGGUGUUAGGGUAUUUUAAUGAAAUUCUUUCUUCUAAUGAACGAAUGGGUAGUUCAAAUGUUCAUGUUUCUUCUAUGAAUGAUUUCAUUCAGUGUAUUCAGGAUACCCACUUAUUUGAUCUUCAUUUUUCGGGUGAUUUCUUUACAUGGUCUAAUAAAAAAAUAGGUUCGGGAAGGAUUGUUUCUAAAAUUGACAUAAUUUUAGUCAAUAUCGAAUGGGUUUCUUUAUUUAAUUGUUCAAAGGCUGAUUCUUUAAACCCGAGAGUCUCAGAUCAUUCCCCUAUGGUCUGUUCCGUUUUUGAACAACGUCAACAUGGUCCACCACCGUUCAGGUUUUUUAAUUAUCUUACGGAUGAACCUGAUUUUUUGGAUAUUGUUCGAGCUGCUUGGAAUAUAAAUAUCAAGGGAAACCCUAUGUUUGUUCUUGUAUCUAAGCUCAAGAGGGUUAAGCAGGCGUUGAGGGAACGGAGAAGAACUAGGUCGAAUAAUCUUUCUGACUUAAUGUGUCAAGCAAAGGAGGUUAUGGUAACAUCUCAAGCUACAGUUCAAUCUCGGCCUUUUGAUGCUAACGAUGCUCAUGAAGAGAAAAGAGCUGUCAGUGCUUAUGCUAAAUUGGUAAGUUUUACUGAUAAUGAUGCUUCUUUUGUUCAAUUUUCUAACUUGGUUGGUGUUGAUGAGGCUAAUGAUUUGAUCUCUCCCAUUUCUCGUGAUGAAAUAGUUUAUGCGCUCUCUUGCAUUGGUUCUAGCAAAGCUCCAGGACCGGAUGGCUUCUCUAGCCAUUUCUUCAAGGUUUGCUGGAGCAUUAUUGAAUUUGAUUUCGUUAAGGCAAUUCAUAAUUUUUUCUCAAAGUUGAAGCUUUUGGGUGAGGUAAACAGUACUUUUCUCACUUUGAUUCCAAAGAUUGAUAAUCCUGCAAAGGUUUCUGACUAUAGACCCAUCUCUUGUUGUAACGUUAUCUACAAGUGUAUCACAAAAAUUAUUGCUAUUAUUGAUAACAUCAUGCUUGCACAUGAGAUUGUUAGAAACUAUCAUAGGAGUAACGGUGCACCUAGAUGUUCUUUAAAGAAUGAUUUAAGAAAAGCAUACGACACAGUCAGUUGGGAGGCAAUUUUUCUUUGCUUACGGCGCAUGGGUUUUCCUAACCAAUUUAUUGAUCGGAUUUAUAUUUGCAUAUCCUAUGUCAAAUUUGCUAUCCUUAUCAAUGGUUCUCCGUAUGGUUACUUCUCAUCCUUUAGAGGCCUUCGUCAAGGCUGUCCGCUCUCUCCGUAUUUGUCUGUAAUCAUUAUGUAA